AUGAUAUCAAUUGUUCGUUGUAUGGUCACAACCAUACUCAUUGCUCAAGUGUGGGGGCUGCAAAUUCCUGCACUAGUCACUCAUAAUCACCAUGCCGAUCACUACAUGAUCUUGGACACUCAACAUAACGAGAGCCCUUUCUUCUGGAAGAAACAAUCAAUCUUCGAAACUCCCCCUCCAAGUUUUCUCACAAAGGAAUCUUCGCGCCUUGAAGGCGGAAACCGAUUCUUAGCCGAUCGCACCAGAAUUGGAAGAAAUGCGAAGCAUCUGGACGAGCAGGGUAGCGAUCACAGCAUUUCCAGUAACUUCAGAAUUGAACAGGUGAAAAAUCAUUACGACCGCCCAUUGGCUGUUUAUAAUGGUGUCCCUGGGGAACCUGUUAUGAAGUUCGAGCAAAAUGAAGAGGGAAUGUUAAGAUGGAUUCCCAAAAAGCGCUUCCUGUUAGCCACUAGCAAUGAUGGGGCUGUCUUAGACGAGGAGUUGUAUGACUUCAUGGUAUACCCGCUACUCACCGCGAUACAAGAAAACCGUGCAAACCGUGCAAUGACACACUACCUACAUGCUAAAACUUGGCAGGCCAGAUUUCGCGAAUUCUACCGCCGAACUGGCAACAUAAGCAACACGGUUUUCACAGCUGAUGCCAAAUACACAAUGUUCCAUGUAGAACAUGAGGCGACCAAAAACUGGCAUUUUGAUUCAUUGACUGUCGGCCCCCCACGUCUCAAUGAAAACGCAUACGCCCGAUUUAUCAAAAACGAAGGACACGAAAAUCUGCAUGUGAUUCAAACUGGUAUCACUUCAGUGGAGCUAAAAAACAUAGUUAUACCACCAGGUGACUCAGCUGAAGUGCUUUUUGAUCCAAUGUUUCCCUGGGUGCUAGUCUCCUCUAUCGAUGGAGAAAUUGACGAAAAAACAUAUGACUGUCUUAUCCGCAUGCCACUCACUAAGGCUCGAAAAAGGGGGAAGGAAGGUCAAGGUGGAUCAGAACAGCCAUGGAUUGCUGACAGCACUUCCAAUUCAAGUGGUCCUGGAAAUGUGGAUACCUUGGCUGCACAAGGGGUAAAUAGGUCAACCAGGCCCUGA